AAUGAUGUGCUCAUGAAAAUAUAAUAUAAAUCUGGAAAGGGACAAGAACAGUAAAAAAAAAUGCAACUGCUCAAUAAUUCAAGUAAACCUUUGUGACAAUCCUGUAAUCAUCUUAAAAGACAACAUUGACUUCCAGGUCUAGCAGUGUCAUGUCGCCAUCUAGUGGCAUUUCUGAGACAACAUCCGUCCUGGGACAGAGAACAUGCUUGGUGUGGGGAAAUUCAUUUGAGUUAAUCACUUAUAUCACUUAAAAUAUAUAUGUUUAUAGAGUUCGUCUGAAAAAAACUAUGCACCUUUCUGCCGAUUGAAUCAUUUAUGACGCUCUGAGUUGUUUGUAUGUUGUUAUAUCAAAUAUUCUUUGUUUAUGACAGAUUCCAUACGAUUGUCAUGCACAGUGACAAAGCCGCUUGCGCACCUAUUUGAAUUAUACGAACGUUCGAUAACCGUUUGUUGGCAACAGGCUUGGAGAUCAUCACAAAGAAAGUCCUUUCACAUUUCAUAGCUGGCUAACCCUGACGAUCGCAACAAUGGAUAGGCACCCAAAACGAAGGGCACAGAUGACGUUUAAGAAAGGUGAACACAAAAAAAAUGAGCUUGAUGUGCAACUCAUCGCUAAGACAGAGGUUAGGGCUAAGGUUGAAGCAGGCCCAUCAUCUUCAACGGAGAAGCAUGGCGGCGAAGAGCAACCGUUGAAAACGGAGGAAGGUUGUGUACGUUCAGAAUGCAGCGAAGAUGUUAGCAGUAGGCCUAAUAUAACUUUACUGACUGAUAAUAGAUGUGACGGUGCUCUGGUCCCUAAUAUUUCAACACAAAAACAAAGACGAACAACUCAAGUUCAACCUGUUGAGGAAACCAGUGCGUUUGUCAUUCAAAAAGUUGAUGGGCCUGUCAUAUCCGAAGUGGUUGCUUUGACACCCACACGUGAUGUUUCCAACGGAAAGCAGGAUACAUUUUAUACUCCUCUUAUCCACACUGUCGAUUUACUUCAACCAGUUGCCGUAACGAAAACAGAGACGUUUUCAUUUCGCCAAAAUGAACAACAAAUCACCCUCAGCAGAGUGCCAUUCCCUGUUAACGUCCCGUUAGUGUCUGAACCUUUGGUGAGGGUUAACACUGAAGGGAUGGAUCUCACAAUACCCCCGACAGGAUCAGGUAACAAGGCCUCAAUAUUGUGAACUUCUUUCCUCGUUUAAUAGGAGAGGGUGCUGCACUUGUGCAGCAAGAUUCCAAGUUACAUUUACAUAUUUUUCGCUCU